GACAAAAAUCCCCGCCCACCUGAAGCUGACAUUCUAGUAGAAGAGAUCGCCCACCAGAUUGCCUGGUAUAAAUAACACUGUGAGAGAGCAGAGGAAGACACAAGGAGUCCUACUCGGGCUCGGACACAGUCUGGGGUGGGUUACAGCGGAGGCCUGGGAGAGGGAGCAAGGCCACUCCAGGCAGCACUCCUGGAUCUCAGCGAGGCCGCUCCAGGCAGCAGGAUUUGACCAGAGCAAGGAGGAAGGCCAAGGCUGGCAGGACGGGUGCAGCAUCCCUGAGGAGUGACAGGAUUCACAUUUGGGUUAUCUCAGGAUGAGCUUCCUACUGCCCAAGCUGACUAGCAAAAAGGAAGUAGACCAGGCGAUAAAAAGUACUGCUGAGAAGGUGUUGGUUCUCAGGUUUGGAAGAGAUGAAGAUCCUGUCUGUCUGCAGCUAGAUGAUAUUCUUUCUAAGACCUCUUCUGACUUAAGUAAAAUGGCUGCUAUAUACCUGGUAGAUGUAGACCAAACUCCAGUUUAUACACAGUAUUUUGACAUCAGUUAUAUUCCGUCUACUGUCUUUUUCUUCAAUGGGCAGCAUAUGAAAGUGGAUUAUGGAUCUCCAGAUCACACUAAGUUUGUGGGAAGCUUCAAAACCAAACAAGACUUCAUAGAUUUGAUUGAAGUAAUCUAUCGAGGAGCAAUGAGGGGGAAGCUUAUUGUCCAAAGUCCUAUUGAUCCCAAGAAUAUUCCCAAAUAUGACCUUCUCUAUCAAGACAUUUAGUACAUUAACUGCUGUCAAAGAUGAAGAAAAAGGCACAUCUUGACACAGUACCUGAAUCCAGCUCUGCUGUUUCUGAAGUCCUUUGGAAACGUGUGUCCCAGAUGAGAAGAGGUUAUACUUGCAUGUAGAAAACCUGGCCCCUGAGGAGAAGACCCCGCUAGUUCUCUGAUGACCUGGGAUGCCUGUCUACUCCCUGCAAGCCUCAGAGCAGCCAAGUCAUUGGUGUUCAUUUUCCCCACGGUGAUUGUUGUAACUCCUCUUUCUAAUGUUUGUCUUUAUUUCUUUAAUACAGAGUCCUCCAAAACAUUGGCUAGUACAAUUUGAUUUAAUCAUGUUCAUUUGGUACACAAGUGAACUGGAAAGUCACUUCCCAUAGAAGCAAAAGUACUUAUUUUCUACCCUAGCUGGCUGCAUGCCUGCACACACACAUGCACACACUCUCACACUCACACACACACACACACACACCCCUUUGCCCAUUCCUCCACUCAUACAUCCCUCAUGCUUUCCCAUCUCCAGUCUGUAUUACUGUAGUUUCUCUUCAAAUAAAUAAUUGAGCAGACAGGUUUGUUUUAUUUUGAAGCCUUUUGGGUCUGACUUUUAAACAUUGUCCUGGUUGGCUUUUUUUUUUUUUUUUUUUGAGAUGGAGUUGCCCAGGCUGGAGUGCAGUGGCACGAUCUUGGCUCACUGCAAGCUCUGCCUCCUGGGUUCACACCAUUCUCCUGCCUCAGCCUCCCGAGUAGCUGGGAAUACAGGCGCCUGCCACCACGCUUGACUAAUUUUUUGUAUUUUUAAUAGAGAUGGGGUUUCACUGUGUUAGCCAGGAUGGUCAUGAUCUCCUGACCUCGUGAUCUGCCCACCUUAGCCUCCCAAGUGCUGGGAUUACAGGCGUGAGCCACCGCGCCUGGCCCAUUUAAUUAUUUUUUAUAUUAUAAAAUUGAAUAUGAAAAGUGAGAAUUUGAACCUUCACUCUCCACCACUCUAUUCAGGUAAAACAAUGCAUGAGCCACCCUUAGCAAGAGCAGGUUUUUCCCAGAAGCUGCUGCCUCUUCCUGAGGCAGAAAAUUGUAUUACUAAAGCUCAAAACUAAAAGAGAUGUUAGCAUUGUUAGAAAGAAAUGUCACCCUUAUGGGAUUUGCCUGUUUUAAUAACUUUGUGAGGAAUUCUUACUCUUCCGGGGCACCUGGUGCAACCGUGGGCAAGUUACUGUCCCUCUUUAAACCUCAUGAUGGUUACUGAAACAUUUAUUAGAAGGAGAGGGUAGGCGCAGAGCUGGAGAACCAUGGUCGAGGCAGCUUGUGAUCUGCCUAGCAGCCGCUGACCUCCUCGCCAGCAGAAGCCCAGUCCUGUUCAGAGCAGCACUGUCACUGCAAGUCCAUCCCCUUUUGCCAGGGGUUCCAUUCCACCCCUUUUCUGCAGGGAGAGGUGCCAUGAGGCUUGCUUCUGGCUUAUACAGGACAGAGGGAAGGCUGCUGGGCACUGCUUGUGUUCCUGCUGAUAAAAGGAGGGAGUCACUCCAGGAAUAAGACAAAACAAGAGGAGGAGGCCGUCACCUCUGUCCUCUUCCGUCAUACACUUCCUGCCUCUGGUUUAAUCAUGAUGCAUGGAGCUACAACAGCCAUCUUAGGCCCAUGAGGUGCCCAGCAUCAGGUAAAACAUCGACAUGCUAAGAAGAACAGAAAGAGUCCGAUCCCUGAUGUUACUGAACUCCUGCGUGAACUCAGCCUGCCUCCCUCAGAUUUCUGUGAAAGAAUAAAAUUUCUUUUUGCCUAA